AUGGUUAUAUUCAAUUGUGGUGUGAUUUAUCAUUUACUUCGUCUUAGAAGUACGACAAGCAUUCAAAAUUCUCGAAUUCAACAUCGAUCUAUUUCAAUUACAUUGGUCAUUACAACAUCUCUCUUUUUAUUUAUGACUGUACCAUCAACUGUAGCUUUUGCAUUUUUUUCCUCAUCAGAUGUUGGUCUUUUACGAUUCUUCGACUGUUUACUUUAUUCACAUCAUAUAUUAUCAUUUCCGUUGUAUAUGAUUACAUUUGAUGAAUUUCGACAAGAAUUUUUUGACAUGCUUGCAUGCAAGACAAAUAAUCGCAGAGUUACACCACAAGCACAAACUGGUACUGUAACACAGAUAUUCAAUAUAAGAAAACCUGUGACAAAUACUUAA